AAUGACCAAUCCUGUUGCCAGAGCCUGAGCUGGCCACCGGAGGACAAGGCCAACCUGGGGCCGGGGUUUGUUAAGACCUUGGCCAAUCCUGGAGUUAGUCGGGGCUCAGGGGCGGAGUUUCCAGUUGCCGGAACCAGUGAGGGCGUUCGGGUUUGAGUACUAGACCCAGCCCUGGAGGGCGGAGCCUAGCGGUGAACCCGGCCAAUCACGCCGAACGGGUCUUGAACGGACCCUCGGAGGUGUGGCCCUCCAGGGGCGUGUCCAGGGCCGGUUCCGGGCCGCCCGAGGGCGUGGCCAGGCCUGGUCCUCUGCAGGGGCCAUGUCAGCGCCACCGCCCCUGCAGAUCCGCGAGGCUAACGCACACCUGGCUGCCGUUCACCGGCGCGCGGCGGAACUGGAGGCGCGGCUGGAGGCCGCCGAGUGCACGGUGCGCGCCCAGGCCGAGCGCCUGGCCCGCCACGACCAGCAACUGAGCGCCGCUUUAGACGAGCUGGGACGCGCCAAAGACCGUGAGAUUGCCGCCCUCCGGGAGCAGCUGCUGACCUCGGAGGCUGCUGUCCAGAGUCUGCAGGCUGCUGUGCGCCAGAGGGACAAGCUCAUCGGGCAGUUGCAGCCCCGGGCUGAGCUGCUGCAGGAUCUCUGCCGCCGCCGGCCGGCCCUGGCUGGGCUGCUGGCUACCCUGGCUGAGGCCGAGCGCCUGGGGCCCCUGCCAGCCAGUGACUCACUCCCUGGUGGGCCCAGCUCACCCCUUGCCAACAGUACUGGGGAGGAAGAGGACAGGGACCAGCUCGAGCCCGCAGUGUUUGGGACCACUGUGUGAGUCCCAGAGAGCAGGUUCCGGAAUGGAGAAAGAGGACUCCAGUGGGACUUCUUCUACUGCCCGGGUAUCCUUAGGGUUAAGAUAUCCCAGAGAGGACCCCUUGGAAGAGCCAUAAUCCUCAGUGUCAGAACCUGUUAAAAAGGCAUAGGUUUCAUAUCGGUGGCCUGCAGGCCAAAUGCAGAUGAACUCAGCCAGUUUUUCUUUUUUUUUAAAAAAAAAGCAAAACUUUGAAUCAAUCACCCUUGUUGGAGAACUGGCCGCACUUACACACGAAUCUGGAUUUCUGGCUUCGGGCUGGGCUGUACCUGCCUGGAUCUGAGUCUAGGACAUCCUCUUUAGCGAGGGCAAGUUUCCAUUCGCCCCCUCAUCUCUCAAGGCCGGAUGUCUGGCCCCUGAAACAUCUGAGUUAGAGACCUCUCUUUUUCUGGUGGAGGCAGAUGGCAUCGAGUGCCGUGUGAUUUGGGUCUCUCCCUCUUUUCUCCCCUGCCCUGGUUUUUGUUCCUCCGGAAGCACUCUUCAUCCUAAAGCCUUAUUCUUCAUCUCAGUCCAGUGAACCUCAAGCCUCAGGCCAUUUCGCAUUGGUUAUACGAAGAUAUUUUUUCCCCUAAUUCUAUCCUCCUCUCAACCCAGGAAGGAGUAUGCAGGUGGGAUGUGCCGACAUGCUGGCAACCAGGCAAACUCAGGCAUCCCGUAACCUUCUCUUGAUAGCAUCCUGCCUCGGGGCCUUUACACUGACUGUUUCCUCUGCCUAGAAUGCUCUUCCCCCCAGAUGCCACAUGACUGGCUCCUGUUCACUCAGGUCUUUGCUCAAACGUCACCUCCUCUGAGAGGGCUUCCAUGACUGCCUUAUCAGGAGUCAUUCUUCCCCAUUCCACCCUGCCCCCAUUGCCCCAUUUUACUCCCUUUAUGUAACUUUUUACCAUUGGAGUGGAAGCUCCAUGAGGGCAGGUUUUUGUUUUCUGUCAGCAGUGCCUGGCACACCCUAGGGCCUAGCACAUCUGAUGAGGCCCCCGGCAACUUUACUUUCAAAGCACCAGCUGGUUCCUUUCUCUAAUCCUCAGAGAAUCUAUUUUUUCACUCCUUAUUUGUAUGCUGCCCUUGUUGGCCCGAGAUGUUUGAGGCACUUUGCUUUUUUAUCAGAACAGGGAGCCCUGUGCCUUUCUCUGCUCAGCCCAAGUGCCUGGCCUGGGACUAUGGCAGCCGUUUCCUGCCUCCUGACUCAGGGAAUCCCCACCCCAGGAACCACUGCGGGGCACAGCCCCUUUCAGCCCGGAAAACUCAGCAUCUGUCCUCCGCCCUGCCUCCUGUGCCUCCUGGCGUCGCACAGCGACCCCUCAGUGUGGUAACAAUGGCCCAGUUUUCUCCUCUGGACGAAUAAGGGGGGUGCUGUUUGAACAAGGGGAAGGCAGGCUAGGGCCUGUCUAUGCUCAAGAAUAAACCGAAUGAUUUCAUGGCA